UAAGCAUUGACAGACAUCGAUAGUAAACAUCGAUGUUCCCAUUUACCAUCACUACAGAAAUAAUAAGCUAAGCAUAAAAUAUAUAACAGUGCAAAGUGAAAGCUAGAAACUAAUAAAAAGUUCUGCGGCAAUGGGUAAUUUUGUGAGCAGACAAAACGCAGCUGUCGAAGAAGCAGACCAUAUCACCAAUCAUGCAUAUAAAUAUCCACCUCGUAUUGGAAAUUUCUUCGGAACCCACUUUAUAAUGGGUGGUGAGCGAUUUGACACGCCCCAGCCAGAGUCUUAUUUAUUUGGAGAGAAUGCAGAUCUUAAUUUCCUGGGUAAUCGCCCCACAGCUUUUCCCUAUCCACCACCGCAGGCCAACGAGCCAACCAAAACUCUGAAGAGUCUCGUCAACAUAAGAAAGGAAUCUGUGCGAUUUGUGCGACUUUCAAACGACAAAAAGUCAAGCUGUGCUGAUGCUGAGACCUUGCAACAAAACGAAAAAAAUAAAAAACUAACGGAAAUUACCGGAGUAGCAUCUGUUGAGGAAAUGGACGGCAAUGUCCUCUGUAAUAUAAGUGGAGUAGAUAGCGGAACAGAGACGGUGCCACAAAAUUAUUACUACAACAUUGAGUUUACCUUCGACUCGGAUGCAAAAUGUGCAAUUACGGUGUAUUACUUUUGCACUGAAGAUGUAAGUCCCACUGGCAUCAAACUGACGCCCCGGGAAGGAUUUUCCCUUUCAUCUGAUACUUACCAUUACGAGAAAGGUAUAAAUCAAUGUUUCUCACAACCUAGCCACGUAUUUAACCCACAGUUAAUACCGGAAGAUGAUCUUAUAUACAAUACUGGCCGCGAACAAUACCCAGUAGCAAUACACUGUGUCAUCGAAGAAGGUAAUGAAGAAUGUCGUCAAUCGCAUACUACCAUUUGUGUAAUUGACCAUCAUCCAGAAACCUGCACUUAUGUGCUACGUGCGCUUAAGCAGAAAAUAUUUGUAGACGGUCUAUGUUACUUACUACAAGAGAUCUACGGCAUUGAAAACAAAGCAGUAAACAAAACUUCCAUCGAUGAAGAAAUCGACGAUCAUGGUAGUGAAUGCGUUAUUUGCAUGAGCGAGACCCGCGACACGCUUAUUUUGCCUUGCCGCCAUCUGUGUCUGUGUAAUUCGUGUGCCGACUCUCUGCGUUACCAAGCCAAUAACUGUCCCAUAUGUCGAGCGCCAUUUCGUGCACUCUUACAAAUACGAGCUGUUCAAAAGGGUAUCAGCACACAAAUGCUGCAUCAGAAUACGCCAACUACAGUGGCUGGCGAGCCCGCCCCUCCAGAUGUUCCUCCUGGCUAUAUUCCCGUCUCACUUAUAGAAGCCCUGAAUGGUCCUCCACAAUAUGUUACUCGUGGCAGAAAAAGUGAGCAUGACAUUACGGACAGUAUUUCAAUGGCCGCUUUAAACAUGACAAGUGGUGACAUAAAAGCCACUUCGCCGAUAAAAUCGGGAAGCCAACGCCGACUAAAGAGCAAGAAAAAUGCUUCUACGUGCACCACCACCAAUGAAGUGGGCACAAUUACUAACGCUACUGGAGAUAGUUCCAUACUUACGGUAAUGGAAAUAGAAAGCAAUUCGAAAAAGUCAUUGGCUACCUGCACCUCUUCCAAAACAUCACUUUGUUCAUCUCCUGAGAAGCAAGAUAUGCAUAUCAUCGACGAGCGCAAAGUUCUUAAUUACCAAAAAAACAGUGGUACCAUUCAGGACGAUGAUGAGGAUAGCGAGAGUGAGAAGUUGUCACCGUUGCUGUCGCCAGGGACACAUAGCAAAAAUACUUCAAAUAAAUCAAGUAAGCCAGUUGUGGAUAUUCUCAAUAAUAGUGAUGACGAAGAUAUAGCAACAAACAAACACGUUAAUGAUAUAGCAGUUAGAGUUAGUAUUGAUGAUGGGAAUAAUGUAUUACACGAAUCUAACUCAAGUAAGAGUGACUCAUUAAAGCGCAAUAUACAUGGGUCGGAUCAUGCCGAGUCUAAUGCGGCACCGAUUGACCCAGGCCUAUUAACAACCAAUUUAAGCGCCGAGGAUUCCGAUUACUAUACACCUGAUGACAUUCAAAACAACAUACUUAGUCCGUUGUAUUCUUCAGAGCUAGUAAAGAGCGGGGAUUCUUUGUGUUGCAGCUGCGCUACUAUGAAUCAUGGUAAUUGCGACAUAAAUGUACUUAAUGCUGCUGGGGUGGGUUUUAACACAAUGGUAAAAAGGAAUCAAAAUCUAAAAAAAAAAUCAACGUCAGCGGGUAAUAUUGUUGGUCCUAGUGUUGUAGCUCCUUCUAUUUGCGGAGUGGACUUAAAGAGCAAUAAUGUUAGCUCACUUCCCGAUAUGCUGGACAGUCCGGUAAGCGGCAAUUCGGCCUCUACGCGCAGCUCUAGUGACAGCUACUCAUCCAGUUCAUCGACUAAACAGUUGCUGAGCUCUAAUACAGCCACAACAGCUGCUAACAUUAUUUUAGAUGAUAAAAGUGUACUUCAGAAUGCAGUCAACGUUUAAGCACAAAAAUGCUAAAAAUAUAAUAACACACUUUUUAUUAAUAAAGGAGAGUAGUGUAAAGAAACGUUUUCUAAUAUAUUAAUUUAAGCAGAUUAAUUUCUAU